AUGGAUCGUGCUCGGCGGCUCGCAAACCGGGCAAUUCUCAGACGCCUGGUUUCUGAGUCUAAGCAGUACCGCCCAAAUGAAUCUCUGACGAGCUCUUCAUCAUCGCCGGUAAUGUAUUCGCCUUCGAGGUAUGUUUCUUCAUUGUCUGCCUAUGUGUUUCAUGGAAAAAGUAGUAGAUCAGAUUUGUUACUAGGGAGGAAUGUGUUAUACAAUGUUGGGUCUCAGUUUCGAUCAAUAUCGGUUGAAGCUUUGAAACCAAGUGAUACUUUUCCCCGCCGCCAUAACUCUGCAACCCCUGAAGAACAAACCAAAAUGGCUGAGGUUUGUGGAUUCAAUAGUCUUGAUUCGCUUAUAGAUGCGACGGUGCCUAAGUCGAUUCGUUUAGAUAAAAUGAAGUUUUCUAAGUUUGAUGAAGGUUUAACUGAGAGCCAAAUGAUUGAGCACAUGAAAAAUUUAGCUUCUAAGAAUAAGGUUUACAAGUCUUUCAUUGGGAUGGGUUACUAUAACACCUUUGUUCCACCUGUGAUUUUGAGGAACAUUAUGGAAAAUCCUGGUUGGUAUACCCAGUACACUCCGUACCAGGCUGAGAUUGCGCAGGGUCGUCUUGAGUCCCUGCUCAAUUAUCAGACCAUGAUUUCGGAUCUUACUGGUCUCCCCAUGUCAAAUGCUUCCUUACUUGAUGAAGGAACUGCUGCAGCCGAGGCAAUGGCUAUGUGUAAUAAUAUUCUAAAGGGAAAGAAGAAAACUUUCAUUAUUGCCAGUAACUGUCACCCGCAGACAAUUGAUGUGUGUAAGACUAGAGCCGAUGGUUUUGAUCUUAAAGUAGUUGUUGCUGAUCUCAAAGACCUUGAUUACACAUCAGGCGAUGUUUGUGGGGUACUGGUACAGUAUCCGGGAACAGAGGGUGAAGUUUUGGACUAUGGGGAGUUCGUAAAGAAUGCACAUGCAAAAGGGGUUAAGGUUGUCAUGGCAACUGAUUUGUUGGCGUUGACAAUGUUAAAGCCUCCUGGUGAAUUUGGUGUAGAUAUUGUUGUUGGCUCGGCUCAAAGGUUUGGGGUUCCUUUGGGGUAUGGUGGUCCUCAUGCAGCCUUCCUUGCCACUUCCCAAGAGUACAAAAGGAUGAUGCCAGGAAGAAUUAUCGGUGUGAGUGUUGAUUCUUCAGGAAAACCUGCUCUGCGCAUGGCAAUGCAGACGAGGGAACAACAUAUCCGGAGGGACAAGGCUACCAGCAACAUCUGCACUGCUCAGGCACUCCUUGCAAACAUGGCUGCAAUGUAUGCUGUUUACCAUGGUCCAGAGGGCCUUAAAACCAUUGCCCAAAGGGUACAUGGUCUUGCAGGGACAUUUGCUGCUGGGCUGAAGAAACUCGGGGCAGUAGAGGUUCAGGGCCUUCCCUUCUUUGACACUGUGAAGGUUAAAUGUGUUGACUCUAAGGCAAUUGCAGAUGAUGCUUGCAAGAACCAGAUGAAUUUGCGGAUAGUGGACCAGAAUACUGUCACUGUUGCUUUUGACGAAACAACCACCUUAGAGGAUGUGGACAAGCUAUUUAAAAAUUUUGCCUGUGGCAAGCCUGUGACAUUUACUGCUGCGUCUCUUGCACCAGAGGUUCGGAACAUGAUCCCUUCGGGCCUUGUAAGGCAGAGCCCGUAUCUGACUCACCCAAUCUUCAACUCAUACCAUACGGAGCAUGAGCUGCUUAGAUACCUUCAUAAACUACAAUCAAAAGAUCUUUCACUAUGUCAUAGCAUGAUUCCCCUGGGUUCGUGUACAAUGAAGUUGAAUGCAACAACAGAGAUGAUGCCUGUGACAUGGCCUGGCUUUAGUGAUAUGCACCCUUUUGCGCCUAGUGAGCAGGCUGAAGGGUAUCAGGAGAUGUUCAAAGAUUUAGGUGAACUAUUGUGUACUAUCACUGGAUUUGACUCAUUCUCUUUGCAACCCAAUGCUGGUGCUGCUGGGGAGUACGCUGGUCUCAUGGUCAUCCGCGCAUAUCAUAAGGCAAGAGGAGACCAUCACCGCAAUGUUUGCAUUAUACCUGUCUCUGCACAUGGGACAAAUCCUGCUAGUGCUGCUAUGUGCGGAAUGAAAAUUGUUGCUGUAGGAACUGAUGCCAAGGGAAACAUCAACAUUGAAGAGUUAAGGAAGGCAGCUGAAGCAAAUAGGGCAAAUCUAUCUGCCCUUAUGGUUACAUAUCCUUCAACACAUGGUGUUUACGAAGAAGGCAUUGAUGAGAUAUGCAAGAUAAUACAUGACAACGGAGGUCAAGUUUACAUGGAUGGUGCCAAUAUGAAUGCACAGGUUGGUUUGACUAGCCCGGGUUUUAUUGGUGCUGAUGUUUGUCAUCUCAAUCUCCACAAAACAUUCUGUAUUCCACAUGGUGGAGGCGGUCCCGGCAUGGGUCCUAUUGGUGUGAAGAAACAUUUGGCACCUUUUCUGCCAUCACAUCCUGUGGUAUCUACAGGAGGUAUACCAUCCCCCGACAAGAUGCAGCCACUUGGCACCAUAUCCGCUGCGCCUUGGGGCUCUGCACUUAUUUUGCCAAUAUCUUACACCUACAUUGCCAUGAUGGGGUCCAAGGGGCUCACAGAGGCAUCAAAGAUAGCUAUCUUGAAUGCAAACUACAUGGCAAAACGAUUGGAGAACCAUUACCCAGUUCUUUUCCGUGGUGUCAAUGGAACAGUCGCCCAUGAAUUCAUCGUUGAUUUGAGGGGCUUCAAGAAUACUGCCGGAAUAGAGGCUGAAGAUGUUGCUAAACGUCUUAUGGACUAUGGAUUUCAUGGACCAACAAUGUCAUGGCCCGUUCCAGGCACACUGAUGAUUGAACCUACUGAAAGUGAGAGCAAGGCAGAGAUGGACAGGUUUUGUGAUUCUCUAAUUUCCAUCAGAGAAGAAAUUGCACAUAUUGAGAAAGGAAAAGCUGAUAUUAACAACAAUGUCCUCAAGGGAGCUCCUCAUCCACCAUCACUGCUGAUGGCAGAUACAUGGUCAAAACCAUACUCUCGGGAAUAUGCUGCCUUCCCUGCUUCUUGGCUCCGCUCAGCCAAGUUCUGGCCUACCACAGGACGUGUCGACAAUGUGUAUGGCGAUCGCAACCUCAUCUGCACCCUUCUCCCCACAUCCCAGGUUGCUGAAGAACAAGCCGCUGCUACUGCUUAAGCUUCGCUGUCACAACAUGCAGAACAUGAGGUUCCUUUAUGGUCACGAGAAACUUUUUAUUUUUCAGCCUCUUGUAUAUAUAUGUAUAAAAAAAACAAAAAAAAAAACAUCCAUAUUGAUAUGCUUCUUUAUGAUAGCUGACUUUCAUCGUACGAAAUUUUGAUGAUCAGCUGUUUCAAUAACAAUUGUUGCUAAUUGCAUCUCAAAUGUUGUAAUUAUCAAUGA